UCUAGUCAAAGUGUGAGCAGAUUUAUAUAAACAAUCCGUUAAAUAAAUUGUUAAUUAAAAUCACAACGCUUGCACCAUGGGCAAGGCUAUGUCGAUGCUAUCCCGGAAGGCCAAUCGCUUCAAUGCGGAGAAUCGCGCACAUCGUUUUCUGGACCGUGAGAAACGCGCACCGGCACCAAAAUACGAAUCUAACCUGCGGGACAUGGAGCGCACCCUAGAAUUGGAUCCCAAGUUUGUGGACAAACUGAAUCUAAAGGACAGCAGCUUAGAUACGCGUCUUAAAGAUGUUUAUGUAACCUCGGAGGAUCGAUUUAUAAAACGCGUAAUGGAGCGUCAACAGCAAACGGCUGCAACCGGCGUGGUGGAGGAGCAGCGGCCUUUACCCUUGCAGCGCAAGACACCGGAUGACUUUGAGUAUGGCUAUAUGGAGCCGAAGCGCAUAUCGCAUGGUCAUUGCACACUACGUCAGGCAUUGCAGUUCAUCAAUGAUCAUCAGCUGGAUCCUGAAACUUGGACAGCAAAGAAAAUUGCCGAUGAUUUUAAAUUAAAGCAGUCGCAUGUUGAUAAUAUUCUACACUACUUUAAGACGUUUAGUGUGCAUAUACCCGAUCAGAAACACAAGGAUACCUUGCUGACACAGGCCAGACAAAAGUUUUUAAAGGAGAAACCAAGCGAGGCGGCAGAGUAACUUUAGUUAAAUAAUUAGAUAGCGGCUAACAAAUGUAGAGAAUGCGUUAACAAUUGUUUGUUUUGUUAA